UUUUUUUUUUUUUUAAAGUGCUCUUCCUCCAACCGGCCACCGUAGUAUAAACCCACGUGGUUAACCAAAACAUCAUGGCGACUGGGUUCAAGAUUGCGGAACCUCUGGAGUAUCACAGAAGCUUUUUGAAAGAAAACUGUCGACCUGAUGGACGGGAGCUGUCUGAAUUCAGAACCACAACACUGAACAUUGGAUCCAUAUCCACAGCAGAUGGUUCGGCAUUGGUGAAGAUAGGAAACACAACGAUUAUCUGCGGAAUCAAAGCGGAGCUGGCUAACCCCACAGCAGAUGCCCCUGGUAAAGGUUACAUUGUGCCCAACGUGGAUUUGCCUCCUCUGUGUUCGUCCCGCUUUCGGCCGGGUCCACCAGGAGAACAGGCCCAGGCUGCCAGCCAGUUUAUUGCUGACGUUAUUGAAAGCUCUGAGGUGAUCAAAGCAGAGGACUUAUGCGUCGACAGAGGAAAGCUUUGUUGGGUGCUCUACUGUGACAUUAUGUGUCUCGACUAUGACGGGAACAUUCUGGACGCUUGUAUUAUCGCCCUGCUGGCUGCCCUGAAGAACACACAGCUCCCAGAAGUCACCGUGAACAAAGAGACAUGUUCACCAGAGGUGAAUUUGGAAAAGCGACAAAGGCUUCAUAUUCACAAACAUCCCGCCAGUGCUUCCUUUUGCGUCUUUGAUGACUCUAUCCUGAUUGUAGACCCCACAGCUGAGGAGGAGAGUCUGUCAACCGCUCACCUCACUGUGGUCACAGAUGAGGAGGGUCGUCUCUGUUCUGUACAUAAACCAGGUGGAUCGUCACUUUCAAGAGAGAAGCUGCAGGACUGCAUCAACCGAGCAACAGCCCGGCAGAGAGAGAUCCACAAACUCAUCGACAAGGUUCUAGACAGUGUGAAGACGGCAAAAUAAAAACAGUCAAGACAACGUUUUAUAUCUAAAAGCUGUAUUUUCCACUGUCAAUAUAUAUUCUUUUUUUAAUAACAAUAAAACUGAUGACAAAG